CUUUACAAAGCCACCAUCUUUGAUGCUAAACAAACAGGUGGCUGCAGUCUGUGGGCAAAGGCAUCCAUGGAAGCCACCUUCUUCAUUUUAGUAGCUAUGCUUACAUCCAUGAACUGAGGAAACGCUGCAAGGAAAUGGAGAGGAAGAAGACAGAUGGUGGUGUGGCCACAGAGGAGAAGAGCUCCAAGGGAAGAGUUCAUCCUAGUGACACCCCUUCACCAGUGUGUAGUGAAGAAGGAGGUGAAGAAUCUGGUUGGAGCAAGCAAGUUCUUUUAUGGAUGUCACCUUUGGCAUGGAUUGACGACCUCCAAGUACAAGCAUUCCUCUGAUCUGAUCACCAGGCCUACUCAAUCGUGUUCCUCGAUGAACAUGAGAUAAAAGUAACUUGGCCUGCUUACAAAGUACAAGCUUCCAAGUUCAAGCUUCCUCUUGGUAACUCAAACAUAGACAGGAGUAGCUUUAAGAGGAUACCAGCUACUCCUAGAGUCCUUAACUUUCUGCUUAGAACUUCAUAGAACACAUUUUCUCAUUUCGGACAGACUUGCAGCUUUAAAUAUUUCCCUAGUUCAUCAAUUUUGGUGCUGCAGAAUAUGAGACUGAAUCCAUCCAUAAUAGAUCGUAUCUUCUUUUCUUGUCAAUUUGCUUGAGAGUUUUGGAACUACUUUCAGAUCCAUUUGAAUGAAAUUUUAAUUUCAUUGGAGCUUUAAAAUAUUUUUAUUUAGAUAGAGUACAAAUCAUAUCGGUUUUUCUUGUUACGAGUUAAACAAAGUUGAAGGUUUAUUAUGAUAAAUUUAUAUAUAUAUAUAUCUUAUUAUGAUGAUGGAUUGUGGUCUGAAAUCCAUCUAAUUAAUUUGUAUGCAUAAAUAUUUUAUCUAAUGAUUUUAUACAUCUAAAAUAAUAAAAAAAAUUGGUCUAAUAAUUUUAUCUAAAAUAUUCUAUCCAAUUUAUUGAGAAUAUUAACUUAAGUCACUAAAAACUUCCAUCUGCGAAUUCUCUCUCCACCGCUUGCUCGUAGGGUUUCGAGGUUUUUUGCUUUUCAGGCGCAGUCGGAGAGGAAGGGAAUACGGUGUUGGUGACGGUUUGUGUCUUCGGACAAGAGGAGGAGACCGAUGAAGAGGUUACCGGCAUUCUCUCUCUUCUCCAAAACCCUCUGCUUCAUCUAUCGACCGCGUCCCGCGGAUGCUCUACUUUCCUCCUCCUCCUCUUACUCCGUCGCCGCUACCGGAAGCGGAGCUCUUCAGCCCAGCUUCAUGGCCGAAUACCUCGUCACGUCAUGUGGCUUCUCCCCGGAGAAUGCGGCCAAGGCCUCGAAUCUCCUCGGCGGCAUCGCGUCCCGCCGGCAGCCCGACUCCGUCCUUGGCUUUCUCAAAAGCCACGGUUUCGACGACACCCAUGUGAAAGAGCUGCUGUCUGGGAACCCCCGGUGGCUUCUCCUCGACGUGGAGACGACCCUGGCCGCCAAGUUCCGAACUCUCCAGGAGUUAGGCUUCUCACAGUCCGACAUCACCCACCUCCUCGUGGCCAAUCCCUCCGCAAUCAACUAUCGCGUCCGCACCGUGGUGCACAAGAUCCAGUUUUGGCAGGGACUCAUAGGAUCCAACGACCUCCUCAUAAAGCUCUUUAAGACCCACCAGUGGAUUCUCGGGUCUAGCAUCGAGAAGAAGAUCCAGCCAAACAUCGAGAUGCUACGGAGCUGUGGAUUCACGGGUGAAAAGCUUAGAACGAUCCUGAGGUACCAGCCCACGUUGGUAACCCUGAGGGCGGAAACCUUGAGGGCUUUGAUCAGUCGUGCCGAGGGAUUCGGAGUAGCCCGCACCUCGGGGAGGUUCCACUGGAUUCUGUGGACGCUCUCCAAUGUUAGCGUGGAGAGAUUCAAUGCGCAAAAGAAGCUAUUCGGGGCCUUCGGGUGGUCAGAGGCCGACUUCCUCGACGCAUUCAGAAAGACUCCUGGUUUCUUGGCAUGUUCCCUGAAGAAUCUGAAGAUGAAAAUGGAAUUCUUCGUGAAUGAGGCUGGAUAUGCUCCGUCUUAUAUCGCCCUCCGGCCUGUGCUUUUGACAUUUAGUUUCGAGAAAAGGUUGAUCCCAAGAUAUCAGCUCAUGGCAGCCCUGAAGUCCAGGGGGCUGUGCGCUGGUCAUCCCAAAUCGCUCACAUAUAUGCUGUGUCCAGAGAAGAAGUUCUUGGAAAGGUUUGUGGCUUGUGUUCGUGAGCCCUCUUCCCCUUACAUGCAAGCAUGAACGAUUGUUGUUGUCCGCUGUCCAUUGCUCUGUCAUUGAUUUCAGGUACGCUUCCUCCUCUUUCUUUUCAUAUUCUGCUUCAUCCUCUUCCUUCUUUUUUCUUUCUCGACGGUCUCAUCUUCUUUCUUCCUCUUUCUCCUCCCUACUCUUAAUACAUGGCUUUCUCUUCUUCUUCAUCCGACUUCCUCCUUCAUCCACUUUCAUUUGUUUCUUCGUUUUUGAGGCUCCUUACAUACCGGUUGAUAAUGUGUCAGUAUAUUGGUAUCUCAAUGUAUGGAUUGGUAUGUAUCGAUCUGGGCAGAGACUGAUAAGUUACUUAUCGGUAAGAGAAUAAACGCUGGUGCACUGCAUGCUUCAGAUGUAGAAGUGCUCGACAACUUGAGUUUUCACUUGCUGCUCAGUUUCUGCUAUCGUUAGCGGUGUAAGGUAAGUUUGUGUAUGUUAACACUACCCUGUAUACCACUGAAAAGCUCAUUUUACACAGAAUUGUGUUAUAUUGACUCUUUGGGGGAAAUGUUAGUUUAAAAUUUGCUGAA